AUGACCACUUCUGGUGGACUUGUGCACUUCUUUAUAGUCAAAGUAUCCAAUGGAUUUUGUACAGAAUUGCAGAUUCCUGUUAGUACUGCUGACCUAGGAUUUUGGUUUAAGCUCGAGUAUGUUAAAGCUACAAUGGCCAUUGAAAACCAUUUCAAGCCUCUUCCCUCUGGUAUAGUCCUAGCUUCUUUUCCCACGACUGGGACCACAAGGCUAAAAGCUCUCACCCUUUCACUACUUGGCCAUUACUCAAUCCUGAAGCCAACAAACAGAGUUUUCAACACUCAUCCCCCUUAUUCAAUCUUGCCGGAUCGUAUCGAGAAGCCAAAUUGUGGUAUUGUUUACAUUGCAAGCAAUCCGGCAGACACGUUUGUACCUCUUUGGCAUGUCUAUAACAAGCAGUUUGGCACCACAAUCUCCCUGGAAGAGGCCUUUGAUGAGUUCUGUCAAGACUCCGUGCCUGCAGGUCCAUACUUCAACCAUGUAGUGGAGUUUUGGAAGGAAGGAAAGAAAAUGUGUUUAUUGUUACUUACGAGGAGUUGA